GUGCCAGGAAGGAAAAGAUUUCCUCACUUAGUUACCAUGUAUCAGCAUACGCGGUAGGGUUCGUUAUAAAUCGAUUGUAGAUACUUGUUUGUAAAGUUUUACACUCACUUUUUUACCAGUAAGGGUUGUUUGAGGAAUAGCGGAGGAAUAUGGGUAAAAAACAAGAGGAGGAGAGUUCGGACUCCCAGUAUGGAGACCCUGCUCAGUUUGAUCCAAACUUCAAUGGACCCAUAAAGAAAAGAGGGUGCACCGAUAUAAUCUGCUGUGUUCUUUUUUUGGCUGUCGUCCUCGGCUACAUAGGGGUAGGAAUUUUAGCUUGGGUCUAUGGAGAUCCUAGACAUGUUAUUUAUCCAAGAAAUUCAACUGGGUGGUUCUGCGGCAUCGGACCAAACAAAGGCCGACCAAACUUGUUCUACUAUGAUAUUCUCAAAUGUGCCACAUCUGUUAAUGUUAUGGCGACUGCUCUGAAUGGUUUACAGUGUCCAACCACUCAGGUGUGUGUGGAUGUGUGUCCCACUGGGUUCUGGGCUGUGAGAAUAAAUGAUUAUAUCUCUGGCGUGCCAAAAAAUGUUUUCGAUCCAAAACUGUGUGUGCCAUCUUUAAACCUGACAAAUCCUGGAAUGACUGUGAAAGAAAUUGUGGAGAAGGAGCUGUGCCCUUUCUUCUACACUCCCACAAUUUCUGUGCUGGGAAGAUGUUUGCCUAAUAUUUCAGCUCUGCCGGACAUCCCGAGUUAUUUUUCCAGUAUUCCAGGUUUACCCUCCACAGUUAACGACAUGGUCAACCAACUCAAGAAUGGCACUGGGGACAUUUUUAAUGGCUUUAAUGCCAAAGAUGUCGGGAUCCGAAUCUUUGAAGACUUUGCAACAUCAUGGCCGUGGAUCCUUGUCGGCCUGCUGAUAAGCAUGCUGGUCAGUAUGCUGUUCCUGCUGCUGUUAAGGUUCACUGCUCCAGUCAUGGUGUGGGUGCUCAUCGUAGGAGUCCUGGGGGCUGGCGCAUAUGGGAUAUGGCACUGCUACUGGGAGUACAAUAACUACAAACAAAAUUCUGCUAGCAUCUCUGAUGUCGGUUUCACCACAAAUGUGAAAGUUUACCUGCAAGUCCAAGAAACCUGGCUGGCUUUCUUGAUCAUGGUAUCUGUGGCAGAGGCAAUCAUUCUUCUGACCAUCAUCUUCCUCCGGACCAGAAUCCUCAUAGCCAUCGCUCUGAUUCAAGAGUCCAGCAAAGCAAUUGGUCACAUGAUGUUCACUCUUCUGUAUCCUCUGAUCACCUUCGCCCUCCUGCUGGUGUGCGUCGCCUACUGGGCUGCCACUGCUUUAUAUUUGGCCACUUCAGGUGGGCCGGUCUACAAAGUAGUGGCGCUAAACUCCACAGGAAGUGCAUGCAAGAGCAUUAACGGCUCUGACAGCUGUGACCCUCAGACCUUCACCCCGUCCAAUUAUUCAUCCUGCCCCUCAGCCAGCUGCAUCUUCAUCAAAUACAACGAUGAGGGUCUCUUCCAAAAAAACCUCUUCAACCUGCAGAUCUACAACGCAAUUGCUUUUCUCUGGUGUGUCAACUUUGUCAUUGCCCUGGGACAGUGUACACUGGCGGGGGCCUUCGCCUCCUACUACUGGGCCUUCAACAAACCAGCUGACAUCCCCAUGUUUCCAUUGUGUGGCAGCUUUAUACGUUCACUCAGGUAUCAUGUGGGCUCAUUAGCAUUUGGUGCUUUGAUCCUGACCCUGGUUCAGAUAGCGAGGAUUAUCCUGGAGUACAUUGACCACAAAACAAGAGCGGCGCAGAAUCCAGUUGCACGUUUCAUACUGUGUUGCAUGAAGUGUUGCCUCUGGUGUUUGGAGAAGUUCAUCAAGUUCCUCAACAGGAAUGCUUACAUCAUGAUUGCUAUUUACGGAAAGAACUUCUGUGUUUCAGCCAAAAAUGCUUUCAAGUUGCUCAUGAGAAAUAUAAUAAGGGUUGUGGUGCUCGAUAAAGUGACCGACGUGCUGCUUUUCUUUGGGAAGCUCCUGGUGGUUGGAGGAGUGGGUGUUUUGUCCUUCUUUUUCUUCUCUGGACGAAUUCAGCUCCCAGGCAAUACGUUCCGCUCUGAAAGCCUCAACUACUAUUGGAUGCCAAUUAUUACGGUGGUGUUUGGUAGCUACCUCAUAACUCAUGGAUUCUUCAGCGUAUACAACAUGUGUGUCGACACACUCUUCCUCUGUUUCUUGGAGGACUUGGAGCGCAACGAUGGAUCGCUGCACAAGCCGUACUUCAUGUCUGCAAACCUCAUGAAGAUCCUCAACAAAUCCAACAAGGCUCCGAAGAAAGGGUAAAAGGAAAUGAAGUUCAUGAAAGCUCCACACUGUCGACGUUAAGUGUCUUUAUUUUAGCUUUGUCUUUUAACUAGCACUCCAUCUUUUUUAUUGUCCGUUUACUGAUUUGCUAAUAUUGCACUUUUAAUUUUUUUUAUCAUUUAUUUAAGUACUAAGAACUGUAUACAUGAAAGGAGUGAACUAUUGCAGGUAUAGUGGUGUUUUAUAUUUGACCUACAUUUAUGAAGGUAAAGAUUUUGUUUCUAAGAUUUUUCAUAUAUUUAGAGGUGUAAAUAUUUCUGAUUCAGAUAGAUUACGUUUUUCCAGUUCAGCAACUUAAAACAGUAACAUUUAGGUUUUUUCUGAUUUCCUCCAUGAAAAAAAUGCAACAUAUUUUUAAAUAUUUGUACAAAUGUUAUUUCAUAAAACAAAUAUUCAGUGUAUAUUGAUUGUAUCAAAUUGUGAAUAAAAUUCUAAAUAUGGCUUAUCAA